AGGACAUUGGGACAGCUGGCUGCUGGCAAAUACUCAGUAGUCAGUAGUCAGUACUACAGUGAGGAGGGCCGUUUACAAACACGCUCAGUUAAUGGACGCCACUGGAGUCCACGUUUUGGACAUGCAGUGCAUUAUAUAUGUGACGUGACUCUGUGAGAGCCAUCAUGAUCUAUUUUUUUUGGAACCAGUGUACAUGAUAUACAGCGUGUACUUCUAGUACAUAUAAGCGGCAUAUGGAUGAGCUAGCGAUGCUACUCACACUGUCAUACAUCCCCCACCGGCAGGCAUCAUUUUUGUCAUGGCUUCAAUUUUCCUCCCGCUAGAUACCGCCGUCCUCAUAUCAUCAGCGGUGGUAGGUAUUUUAUAUGGCUUUUCAGCCCUCAUGUUCAUAGGUACCAUCUGGGCAUUCACCUACAAACGUCGCAUGCGGGAUAUCAAUUGGCCAAUGGCUGCGAUUGCCACCCUGAUGUUCUUACUGAGCACCGUGCACAUGGUUCCAGUUAUAAUUCAUGCAGAAAAUGGACUGGUGAAGUAUCGCGACACGUUCCCAGGCGGGCCAGAUGCGUUCUUCGCAGACAUUUCCCAAGAUCAGUCUAUAAGAAACUUAAAGGAUGUGAUAUAUAUCUUGCAGACUCUGAUCGGAGACGGAGUAGUGAUUUAUCGAUGUUACAUUGUUUGGCAAUCUGUCUGGGUUAUCAUCCUACCAUGCAUGAUGUGGUGCGGUAUCGGGGUCUCUGGUAUUUUUUGGGUCUAUAGUAACCCUACAAAUGGCUUUAGUACCUUUGCUGGCGAGGCUGGGAUUUGGCUAUUGACAUUCCUUGCCUUUACACUUGCAACUAAUUUGUUCAGUUCAGGACUAGUUGCAUAUCGCAUCUGGACAAUCGAACGCAAGGUUUCUACAGUUCGCGUUACGAAGCGCAAAAUACCUAUAUUGCGGGUCCUUGUCGAUGCCGCUAUUCUGUACUCCGUGGCGCUCUGCCUUGUGAUAGCAGUAUUGGCCUUCUUGCCUGGUAUAUCUAUUUUUAUGGGAGAGCUGCUCGUCCCGAUCAUCUCGAUCGCGUUCUACAUGGUGUUUAUUCGCAUCGCAAUCAAUAAACACACUCAGGAUGGAGGGACAAGUGAGACAAAUCGAAGAACCCCAUUUCAACUUCGCAUGCAGCAUUCGCAGACUGGAUACAGGCAGAAUGAUAUGUCAUUCUGGCCAACAGCUCAGAAAUAACGAUACAUACAUUACUAUCGUUAGCCAGCCUGGUUUUUAUGUGCCCUAAGGACCCACUCGGGGAGGGAGGGAUGAGAUGCCUAGUGCGAGAACGGGCGAAAGGACUCGGAUGACUGCCAUCCUUCUAUAUGGUGACUUAGGGGAACCUAGCGGUGAGACGGACACAAGACCUCGACGUAUGAUAAAGCACGAAUGCGUAACUGUUUAAUUAUUUAAAUAAUUAUGUGAUACCAUCAAGCUUCUCGGCCGCAGUUAUACUUACAAAGUUCAAACCCUUAC